CUCUGUGUCCACGUCAAACCUGACAGCCAUCGCUAUAGCCGAGCUGAUAAUGGCUGCAGUUGAGGUGGCACUUUCUGGGAGCUGUGUCGUUUAGAGUCGUUAAAAACGGCUGGAAACACAUCUCCCGUUCACCGCAGAUGACACAGACUUCAACAUAAAACCCGUCGUCUGAGGAAUUUCCUGUCUGACCGGGAUAUAAUGUCGCUGAAGCCGCUCGUCUUGACAAAUUCCUCCAGGCAAACGGUCAGCUGUUAUUAGCCGGGUCUGUGCUACACGAGCGGUCUCUCAGCCUGGAAAGCGACUUUGUUACGGAAGAUUAAAAGUGGAUUUUAAAGUUAACAGCGUCUCUGUGGGUUAGAGUUUACAUCCGAGCUUGAUGACCAGGCUGACUUUAUCACCUUUCGUGUCAAAGCUAGGCUAACACCCCCCUCCUUCGUUCACCUCGGCCUCGCUUUGCUUUUGUUUUUGUUUGGUUUUCUUUAACCCCCCCCCCGCCUGAAGAUGUCGUCCUGGCUGGGUGGUCUAGGCUCCGGCCUCGGUCAGUCUCUGGGCCAGGUCAGCGGGAGCCUGUCGUCUUUCACCGGACAGAUAUCAAACUUUACCAAAGACAUGUUACUGGAAGGGGUGGAAGAAGUCGGAGAUGCUGCCACAGAGCUACAGGUGUCCAAUUCCAGGUUGGCUGAGGUCGAGGCUUCAUUUUCCACUCAGAAAUCUGAGUAUGACAGAUUAAAAAAGCUGCAUGCAGAGCUCGAGGAGAAGCUGGAGGCUUCAGAGAUCCAGAUUAAACGACAGACUGCAGAAUACAGAACUCUUCUACAGCAGAAAGAUGUGGAGAUCAGUCACCUGAAAGCUCGGCAGAGUGCACUGCAUGAAGAAGUCCAGAAGCUGCAGCAGUCGGCCCAGUCUGCCUCAGCCAGCCCCGCACUGCUGCCGGUCACAACUACUUCCUCCACCACUACCUCCUCUGCUUCAUCUUACCUGUCCCGGCCCUCAGGAUCCCACCAGGGCUUCCAUGGCGACGAUAUGGACCUCAGUGAUGUCAUCUGGUCGCAGCAGGAGAUCAACCGGCUGUCGACGGAAGUCAUGCGUCUGGAGGCGGAGGUGGCACACUGGAGGCGAAUGUCUCAGGCAUCAACAGCAGCAGGAGCUGGUAAUGGCGACCAGGGUGAGACUCUCAAACUUCAAAGGACUAUUAAGGAGCUGCGGGAGGAGAUGAGUCGUGAGGUGGAUGAACACCAGCAUGAACUGGCAGCUCUGCAGGACGCCCAGCGGCAGAAGUUGGCUGACAUCACCCGACGACACAGAGAGGAGCUCGCAGAGUACGAGGAGAGGAUAGAGGAGCUGGAGGAACAGAUUCAGAGUGGUGGUCAAACCAGUCCUUCAUCAGACGCCUCAAAGCUGCCUGAACUCCAGAAAACCAUUCGGUCCCUGCAGGAAGCGGCAGAGCAGCGGGAGAAGCAGCUGGCCGAGCUGUCUGCCAGCCUGGAGGAGGCACAGGGGAAACAGGCCUCGCUGCAGCUGGAGAAGGAUGAAGCCCAGGAAGAAAACGCCGGGCUGCUGCAGAAUUACAUGCGGCUGCAGGCGUCCGUGGCCGAGCUCCAGACACGAGUACAAGAGCAGGAGGGGAAGGCUCUGCAAAAAGCCCAGCUAGACCACGAGAUCCAAGUGCUGAGACAAAACCUUACAGCUGCAGAAAAAGAAAUAGAGAGAUUGAAAAACCAGACUGAAACAGAACCAGAGGAGGAAGUUGAGCAUGCAGACAUCUUAGAACUGAACACCAUUAUUGGAGGGCUGAGACAAGAAAAGGAGGUCCUAGAACAAGAAAAGCUCAAUCUGCAAGAAAGACUUAAAGUGGCAGAGGAACAAAUAAAUAGCAACAAUGCAGCUGAUUCUGGAGAAUCAGAGUCACUGGAGGAUCUGAGGGUGGAGCUGGAGAGGAGAGAAAAGGCCCUGAGAGCCACUGAGGAGGAGCGGGAGACUCUCAUGUCUGAACUGGAAGAACUAGAUCGCCAAAACCAGGAGGCAACACAGCAUAUGAUCUCAGUGAAGGAGCAGCUCUCUGCACAGCUGAAGGAGGCCGAGGCAGAGCUGACAAGACUGACCGCAGAGCUCAACACAACCAAAGACCAGAAAAGGACACUGGAGCAAGAAGUGGAGACCCAAAAAGAGAAAACGAGCCAGAGCGCUUUCACCCUUAAUGAACUGCAUAUGGGCAAACAGCAGCUGGAACGGACAGUGAAGGAGCUGAAAGACAAACUGGGACAUGCACAGGAGCAGAGCAGGGAGGCACGUAGAGAAAUCACAGAGCUGAAGAAGAGUUUGCAAGAGAAAGAGGAGCUGUUCUCUGCUGCUAGAGCAGAGCUGGAUCAGGCAGGGGAGAGAGGAGCUGAAGCACGGGGAACUAAAGAGGAGCUAGCAGGGAAGGAGAGGGAGUUAUCAGACCUCAGGAGAGAACUGGAUGAGAUGAGGGGCUCUCAGGAGAAGGUGAUGUCUGCGGACUAUGAGUUGAAGAUGGAGAACAGGAGGCUGAAGGCGGAGAGUGAGCAGGCCCUGGGUAAAGUAGAGGAACUAACCAAGCAGAUGAAGGAAAGCCAAGCUGCUGUGAACAGGACAGUGAGAGAAAAGGACACUCGUAUCGAAGCUCUGAAGCUGGAGAAAAAUCAGCUGGAAGGUGAAUUGAGGCAGACUGAGAAGACGCUGGCCGAACAGGCAAAACAGUACCAGCAGACGAUUGAGGAGCUGACUCGAGCUCGCUCCAUGGACGCCUCAGCUUUACAGAUGGAGCAUGAACGCGCCAUCAAACUCAACCAGGAAAAAGACAUGGAGAUAGCUCAGCUGAAGAGAGACAUGGAGCAGUUGGCGUCAGAUCACAGAGACACCAACGAGAUGCUUUCAAUCACAGUCGCAGGACAAAAGCAGCUGACGGAUCUGCUGCAAGAGAAGGACGUCUUCAUGGACACUUUAAAACAAAAUGCUGCAGAUAUACAAAAUGAGAUGGAGAACAGUAUCUCAGUCGUGACCAAAGAAGCCGAAGCUCUCAGACAGGCUCUAGAGGAGAAGGAUAAACAGCUGGGGGGCAUGAAGGAGGAGAACAGCCAUUUGAAAGAGGAGAUUGAUCGGCUCAGAGAUCAGCAGAGCAGGCCUCAACCUCUGGCUGAGCCCCGGACUCUGGACAUCAUCACAGAGCUGGAGACGGAGAUCACCCAGCUCAAGUCCUCCAGGAAUGCCCUGGAAGAAGAGGUCCAGACUCUGAGGAGAACUGUGGAGGAGCAGCAGGCCUCCCUCCUUCUGCUGCAGCAGUCCCUCCAGACUCAACAGAGUGAGCUUGAGCAGGCUCAUGCUCGCCAUCAGCAGACCACACUUAACUAUGACACACUAAUACAUGCUAGAGAUGAAGAGAUAGCACGCCUCCAGCAGACAGUAGAUCGGCUCAGUGUGAGUCAGGGUCGUGCGGACUCUCCACCUGUGCAGGGAGAAGUCAUCCUGCAGGAGGACAAGACCCAGACUCUAAAUCAGGAGAACGGCAACGAGAAACAUGACCUGUCUAAGGUAGAUAUAGAGAGACUGGUGAGAGGCAUCAAGGAGAAAGAGACAGAGAUCAGCCAGCUGAAUGAGAAGAACCUCUCUUUGACCAAACAGCUGGAUCAGCUGGUGGUGUCUCGCGAUGAGGUGGGUAAACUCUCCCAGAUGAUACUGCAGAAGGAUCUGGAGAUCCAGGCGCUUCAUGCCAGAGUCUCCAUGGGUGGAGGUGGCGGACACAGCCAGGAUGUCAUUUUCCUACAGCAGCAGCUGCAGGCUUACGCUGUGGAGAGAGAGCAAGUGCUAGCCGUGCUUAAUGAGAAGACCAGAGAGAACAGCCAGCUUCGCUCCGACUACCACCGCCUCAUGGAUAUCAUGGCAGGGAAGGAAGCAGCUCUGUUGAAGCUUCAGCAGGAGAAUCAGCGCCUCUCCAACAUGAGUGACCCCUCAGGAAGCCAUGAGAUGUUCAAGGAGACCAUCCAGAACCUGUCGCGCAUCAUCAGGGAGAAAGACAUAGAGAUUGAUGCGUUGACACAGAAGUGCCAAACCCUGGUGACCGUCCUGCAGACCUCAGGAGGAGAGUCUGGUUCCGGCUCUGGAGGCAUCAGCAGCAAUCAAUUCGAGGAGCUGCUGCAGGAGAGGGACACGCUGAAGCAGCAGGUGAAGAAGAUGGAGGAGUGGAAGCAGCAGGUGAUUACAACAGUCAAGAACAUGCAGCACGAGUCGGCCCAGCUGCAGGAGGAGCUGAUCAAACUGCAGGGUCAGGUCUCUGCUGAUAGCGACUGUAGCUCCAAGCUGUCUGUGGACUACUCUCGACUGAUCCAGAGCUACGAGCAGAAGGAGAGGAGGCUGGGAAGUCUGAGUCAGGAACUCGCACAGGUGCAGCAGACCAUCACCCAGCUCAGCUCCACCAAGGAUGUCCUGUUGGGUAAACUGGACAGCGUAGCACAGACUCCUGAAGUUGCAGUUGCUCAGUCUAUUGAACCUCCUCUCGCAGCUGAGGCUCCCAGCCACCUAACAGAUUCACCCGUAAACGGUGAGAGACUGCAGGAGGAACUUGUGCGACUGCGAGGACAGCUGGCUGAGAAGGAAAACAUGAUCAGGACCCUUCAGGAGAACAACCACCGGCUCUCCAACUCAGCAUCUGCCUCAGAGACUGAGCAGAGAAGUCAGGCGGAGGAGGUUCGGCAGAUGAGAGAGAGGCUGGACGCUCAGCAUAGAGCGGUGAGGGAGAAAGACCUGCUCAUCAAAACCAAAGGAGACCAACUAAUUCAGGUCAGUGAGUCACUACGUAACCGCGAGAAUGACAACGAGGUGCUGAAGCAGGCCGUGACCAACCUGAAGGAGCGUGCUCUCAUUCUGGAAAUGGAUGUGAGGAACCUGAAGGAGGAGAACGAGCUUGUAGCUGCACGCUCUCGAGAAAAAGAGUCAGAGUUCAGAGCGCUGCAGGAAACCAACAUGCAGGUUUCCCUCCUCCUCAGAGAGAAGGAGUUUGAACUGAGUGCAAUGAGUGAGAAGGCUGCAACUGUGGAGAGGAUGCUCAAGGACAAAGAGCAGGGUAAGUCUGGUGAGCUGAAUCAGCUCCUGAAUGAAAUGAAGUCCAUGCAGGAGAAAGCUGUGGCGUUCCAGCAGGAGAGGGAUCAGGUGAUGAUGGCACUCAAGCAGAAACAAAUGGAGACCACUGCAGUACAGACUGAGCUUCAGCAUAUGAAGGAUAAAGAACAGCGUCUCAACUUGGAGCUGGAAAGGCUGCGUAAUCACCUCCUGGAGAUUGAAGACUCGUACACGAGAGAAGCUCUCGCUGCAGAGGACAGAGAAACCGAACUACGUAGGAGGGUGGCGAUGCUGGACGAGAAACUGGCCACUUCCUCCAGUGCAGUGGAGAAUGCCAGCCAACAGGCCAGCAUGCAGGUGGAGUCUCUGCAGGAGCAGCUGAGUGGAGUGGUGAAGCAGAGGGAUGAUGCGCUCGCACAACUCCGAACUUCCCAGGAGCAGGUCAACCAGUAUGCAGUGUCGCUCUCCAACCUGCAGAUGGUGCUAGAGCAAUUCCAACAAGAAGAGAAAGCCAUGUACUCAGCAGAGCUUGAAAAGCACAAGAGGGAGAAGGAAGAGUGGAGAAGAAAAGCUGUGAAGCUGGAAGACCAAGCAUCCGCCCUUCAGAUGAACCUCGACGAGGCCAACGCUGCUCUAGACUCAGCGUCUCGCCUCACCGACCAGCUCGACCUGAAGGAGGAGCAAAUUGAGGAGCUGAAAAAACAAGUGGAUGUGAGACAGGAGAUGUUGGAGGAGGCGCAGAGGAAACUGAUGAACCUCCUCAACAGCACAGAGGGGAAGAUAGACAAAGUCCUGAUGCGUAACCUGUUCUUGGGAUACUUCCACACACCUAAAACCAAGCGUGCCGAUGUGCUGAGGCUCAUGGGAAGUGUUCUGGGGCUGAGCCGAGAAGAAGUUGAUAAGAUGUUGGAUGAGGACGGACGGCACGGUGUAACUGGAUGGGUGUCGAGCUGGCUGGGAAGCAGAGGAGCACAAAGUGUCCCAAACACUCCACAGAGACCCACCAGUGGCCAGGGGCUCAACUCUUCCUUCUCAGAGAUGUUUGUAAAGUUCCUGGAGAUGGAGUCGACCCCCACGCUACCCGCACCAAGGCUUCCGGUCCAUGACAUCAAGCCUCUGAGCGCCCCGCCUCCGAGAAGAACCAGCAGUACGGCUUCCAACAGCUCUGCAGUAGCUGCAGCAGCCAGCAAGCGAGCCGGCGAGACCAAUCCUUUCCUGGCCCCUCGCUCGGCGGCGGUGCCUCUGCUCGCUGGUUCCAGCUCCGGCAGCUCCGGAGGUCACCUGCUGAUGAAGCCCAUCUCUGACGCCCUGCCAUCCUUCACACCUGUGCCGGUCUCGGCUGAGGCCAGUGCUGGAGCUGUGCUCAAAGACUUGUUAAAGCAGUGAUCAGUCCUAUAACGAGUGCCAGUUAAACGUCUUAAUUCAUCCAUCAUGAGUUGUACACUACACAGACUGAGAUAUUUGAGCAGGUCUGCUUCCUAACUGCUGCUCUUUUUUAUUUCCUGCAAAAAUAAAUGAUCAGAUAAUUCAUUAAGGUUUAAUAUUCCCUUUUUUGGAGGGGUCUGAAACUAAAUUUAGUUUUUUUAGAAUCAGAUGUACUUGCAAUUACUACUCUAUGCAACAGAGUCUCCCUUUACACAUCCGUUAAAGUGUUUCCUUUUCAGCAUUAUAGUGAGGUGUUGAGAGCAGCACAGUAGAUUUUCAUAGAAACCGUCAUUUUGAUUAUGAGCUACUUUACAUUGUUAUUCAUUGCACCAGAUCUGAACACAAGUGACCUUGUAAACUCACUGUGUGCAGUUCAAUACAUGUGGGUUGAGUCUAAUCAUCACCUCUGUUUGCAAGAGGAAAUAUCUCAUUUCCUUCAGUUUUCAUCCUUUUAAGUUACAUUUUAUUUUCUUGUCUUUUGAGUUUUUUGUUUUUUUUUUUCUUUUCAACAAUGCAGUGAACUGUUUCUGAUCCAGGACUAAAAAACUCUCUGGCAGCAGCCCGUGUAGAGAUUUAUGUGGUUCAGUACAUCUGUUAAAACCAUAAAGACAUUUUUGCUAAAUCUUGUCUUCUCCAGACAGCCAGACUGUGAUAUGCAACAAGCGUUGUAAUUAUGGCUGUAACUGCUGACUGUGGUUGAUCAGAGGCUUGAGACUGCUCUUAUGUUUAAAUACAGUACUAUUAUAUAGUUAUAUAUAUGUAAAUGGGUGGCGUUUUUCCUAUUUAUAGGCACUAAGGAAGUUCUGGAAGCAAAGUGCCUGCAUUUUUGCUAAUUAGAUAGUUGUAUAAUCAGGAUUGUAAAUGGUUGAUAUAAAUAUAUAUAUUUACAAAAUGUAAAAACUGCACAUUUAAAAAGUUUUACCUGACCAGAGCUGCUCUGCAUUUUUGUAUAGACAUCAAUCAGACGCUGCAGAAGGAAUGUUACAGGGUUUCUCCAGGUGUAUUGAUAAAAUGUAUAGACUGUAAAUCCUCACUGUAAAAGAAUUUUUGUAGAUGUAAAAUCUGAAACUGGAGAGGUGUCAAAGAGGAGUUGGAUUACCUUGAACUUGGAUGAUCUUUAACCGAGGUUAGUACCCCUGACUUAAUUGGAAUCUCAAAUCAAAUAAAGGUACUGCUGACCCCUUA